CAGAAAAACCGCUGUAAAACCCUCAAAAACCAUCGUAAAACCAAUAAAUCAUAGUGCAUUCGAAAGCAGAUAUAUUGGGCUAUACAACUAUGCAUAAAUAUCCAAAUCGAUUUUUUUGUCGAAAAAUACUUUUUUUGAGGGGUGGGGAGCCCUUAAAAGUAUUUUAGUAAGCAAGUAUAUAUAUAUAUAUAUAUCACAACUUUUAACUCUUUUAUCUUUCUGUGUUUCCCGAAUUUAUAUACAUUAGACUAUAUUGAAAUAGUGUUUUUAUUUCUUAAAGAAAUAAAAACACUAUUUCGAUCUAUUUCAAUCUCUUCAAUAUUCUCGAAACAUGAAAGUCGUACACCAUACUUAGUUCUGAGCAUUAAAGUCGCACCGUAUGCUUAAUUUAUCAUUUUAUCUUUUAUAUUUAGAGGAGUGAAAUUUAAUUAAUACUUUUUCAAGAACCAUGGUUCUAUUUGAUCUGAAGAUGCAAACCGAUAUCAAAUCGAUUUUGAUCUGCAGUUAUAAUUAGAUAGUUAUCGACAUUUUUCUAUGACUUUACUUGUAAAAGGAUAUAUCUGUAACUUCUGUCCUCUAAGAGAGUAAUAUGCUAAAUAUUAAAAGUUUUUACUUAUUCUCUUUGUUCAUGUCCAUGCUUUGUCUGUGAAGCGAACACUUUUAUUCUAGUAAAAAGUUUUUAAAAUAAUUUUAUAUCUGUCCAUGGACAAGUUUAUCUAAUGCAGACCUCUACUGAACGCCCAUGUACAAUUUCGGACAAAUAAAUUUGAAUGAAAGAUUUUAGAACGGUAAUCGAGCCUUAUCCAAUAAAGACUUUGUCGCUAGAUGAACUUUUCAUAGUGCCUAAUCUUAUUCAUGCUACCUGGAUUCUAUUUUAACAUACAACAUUUCGAUUAAUGGUAUUUAAUAAUAUUCCAUGAGGCGGGUAACUGAAUUACUACUCACACAUGAAUGGUAAAUAUGAGAAGUUCAAGAAAGAUCGACAGUAUAUUUUAAACCCCCGUAUUUAAUCUCAUUAUGCCUUUACACUUGUUAAAGGUUAGAGGAACAUGCCAUACAUUACACCAUUCACACGCUUUGACUAAAUCAUUCAAAAUAUUUGUAGCAACUAAUGGAUCCUUAUCAUAAUGAAAUAAAAUGUCAUCAGCAGAUGUUUAUAUAGAUCUUCUAAAUAUAUUAGUUAUCACAGUUCUAUUUCCCUAGUAUUCUGUCGGCAGCCGAACUAACAACAAUAUCCAUUUUUUACGUGAAAAAAUGUAAAAUGAGAAUAUAAUUGAAUCCUACUUUUCUUUGUUCUACUUCUUGGAGGACUAUUAUUUGUGCCCUAAUGUUAACAUUUUCUCUCUUAUCCGUAAACGUAUAUCAUCUAUAAUGUGAUCAGCAGAUGUUUAAAGAACUUGUUAUCUUUAAGUGAUAAUUUGAGGUUUUUGUUUUUGCGUCAUGUAUGUGAACGGUAUAAUAUUAAAAACAAUAAAGGUACAAUAUGACAUAACAAAAUCCUAUUCAAGAAAGAAAUUGAAGAGUAAUCAUUAAAGUGAUAACCUUAAAAGUAUUAUAUGUUAAGUAACAUCAAACACAUAACUUAAUGUCAAUGUUCUUCUUUUCUAUUUCUAUUCUGAAAAUUAAGGACAUAUUUUUAUAAAAUUAAAUUUAAAAAGGAAGAAAAUAAAUUUCUUCAAUUGUACUACUUUUCUAUUCUUAUGAUAGAUAAAGAAAUGAUAAUGACAAAACCGGUGGACGUUGUUAAUCACAAGGAUGAUGAUAUUUCAAAACGAAAUGCGCCAUCAUUAUUAUGUUCCUACCGUAUAUUUAUUGCUUUUUUGAUGUUUAUUGGUAUUUUUUUAUGUUAUGCUCAGCGUAAUGGUCUCUCAGGAUUUUUUUCCCUCUUCUCAGAAACAUGGCGAGAUUUACUAAAGAUGCCAAAUCAAGUCAUACGCUGGUCAAAACAAACUCGUGGGUUAAUUCUUGGCUCAUUUUAUGCUGGUUACAUUCUAACACAAGUAGCUAGUGGAAUUAUUGGAUUGUAUAUUGGGCCAAGGAUAUUUUAUUCAUUCAUUGUGUGCUUAUCAUCACUUUGCACAAUAUUAGUACCAAUCAUUGCUAAACUACAUCCAUCAGUCAUGGUUUUAUCACGGAUCAUUAUGGGUGCUGCACAAGGUUGUAUAUGGCCAACACUUUUUCGCCUGAAUUCAUUUUGGGUACCUGCUGAAGAAAGAACAGUUCUAUUUUCUUUUCCAAGAAAUGGUGUUUCUGGCAUUCUCUGGUCAGUUAUUUGGUACAUAUUAUCGAGCGAUACACCACAAGCAAACAAGUUUAUGUCAACAAGAGAAAAAGAUUUCAUUCAAAUGUGUAAAAACGAAGAACGUUUACAAGAUACAAAAACAAAAAUUCCUUGGAUAUCGAUACUUCGUUCAAAAGCAUUUUGGGCAACAAUGAUUGGAAUGUUUUUUUACGAUUGUGGUGGCUAUGCAAUCUGGAAUGUUGUUCCUGAAUAUAUGAAUGAAAUAUUGUUGUUUCCAGUCAACGAAAAUGGUAUCUACUCUGCUUUACCACAUAUAACGCAAACAAUUAGCGUUUUUAUCAUUAGUCGACUAGCUGAUUAUAUAAUUGAGAAAAAGUGGUUGAAACGUGCCAAUACAAGGAAGAUGUUUCAGUCUAUAGUAGUAUUGUAG